AAGUGUCUUGAGCGGUUCUAGUUAGAAAUAUGGCUUAUUCUGUCCCGUAUCAUUAUUUAGGACGUCAUUGGACAGGUUUUGCCUGAUGCAACGACAACAGCAUUUGAAUAUGAAGAUGAGGACGGUGAUCGGAUUACUGUUAGAAGUGAUGAAGAAAUGAAAGCUAUGCUAUCCUAUUAUUGUACCACUGUAAUGGAGCAGCAAGUAAAUGGACAGUUAAUAGAACCUCUGCAGAUAUACCCAAGAGCCUGCAAGCCUCCUGGGAAACGGAACAUACAUGGCCUGAAGGUAAAUACACGAGCAGGGUCUGCUAAUAAUAGCAGCUCAGCAGUCUCGGAGUCCCUUGCAAGCAAUAGCUUAAAGAAGUCUUCUGCAGAACUGAAGAAAAUAUUAGCUAAUGGCCAGAUGAAUGAACAAGACAUACAGUAUCGAGACGUCCUCGGCCAUGGCAAUGGAGGCACCGUCUACAAAGCAUAUCAUGUCCCAAGUGGAAAAAUACUGGCAGUAAAGCUCAUACCUUUAGAUAUUACACUGGAGCUCCAGAAGCAGAUUAUGUCGGAAUUAGAAAUCCUUUAUAAGUGUGACUCAUCUUAUAUCAUAGGAUUCUAUGGCGCUUUUUUUGUAGAAAACAGAAUUUCACUAUGUACAGAAUUCAUGGAUGGCGGCUCUUUGGAUGUUUAUAGAAAAAUUCCAGAGCAUGUACUGGGAAGAAUAGCAGUAGCUGUUGUUAAAGGCCUUACCUAUUUAUGGAGCUUAAAGAUUUUACACAGAGAUGUGAAACCCUCUAACAUGUUGGUGAACACACGGGGACAAGUGAAGCUCUGCGACUUUGGAGUUAGCACCCAGCUGGUGAAUUCUAUAGCCAAGACGUAUGUUGGAACAAAUGCUUAUAUGGCGCCUGAAAGGAUUUCAGGGGAGCAAUAUGGGAUUCAUUCUGAUGUAUGGAGUUUAGGGAUUUCCUUCAUGGAGCUUGCUCUUGGGAGGUUUCCAUAUCCUCAGAUUCAGAAAAACCAGGGAUCUUUAAUGCAGCCUCUCCAGUUAUUGCAGUGCAUUGUUGAUGAGGAAUCGCCAGUCCUUCCGGUUGGGGAGUUCUCUGAGCCAUUUGUACACUUCAUCACUCAAUGCAUGAGAAAGCAACCAAAGGAGAGGCCGGCUCCUGAAGACUUAAUGGCAUUUUGUCCGUCCUCUGUCACGAUGAUCCUAGUUCAGACCAUGACAAAGAGAGAUUCUGGCAGACACCAAACACAUUUAAGAUGGGACAGGCCCAGGGCCACCCGUUCAUCGUGCAGUACAACGAUGGGAGUGCCGAAGUUGUCUCCAUGUGGGUGUGCCGAAUGCUAGAAGAGCGGCGCUCGCACCACGGACUUCAGUGAGCAGCAAGGAAGCAGCGGAGGCCAGAGAACCUGGGACAAGCAAAAGGCAAAUCUGCUCCACGUCGCACUGUCAAGAGAAAUGGCAUAUUUCCCUGAAAAAGUAUUUUUUUAGAAGCAUCGGCAAAGCCUUUCCGGAUAUUUGCUGCUGCGUUUUCUGACUUUAGGGCAUUUUCUCCAAACAUUUCCUUUGUUGCUGACUGAUUUAAUGUGCUCGCAUUGUCUUCAGUCAAACUGUACACCGCCUUAAGGCAUCCCUCGUAUAUAUAUAUAUAUAUAUCUAUUUUUUGUUAUUGACUGUACUGUAUAAUUCUUGGCUCCAGAGUAUUUUUUAACCUUUUAGUCUUUUGCUAUUGUAAAAAUGACACGUUGACUGUACAAAGACAUUUCUGAGCCAAGUGUAAACUGUCUUUGGCCGCAGAUUUCAAGGAUGUGUUUGGGGUUUUUUAAGUGUAUUUGUUUAAGAAAGCACAACGCUGGCAUUCAUCAUCUGUAUAGGAGGUGCAGGUGUCAUCUUGGAAGAAUAAAAAUGCCACAAGUGUAUUAA